AUGACUUCCUAUACUACGUGUACUUGAACGUGCUUGAGAGUUCCUUUUUUACAUCGUCCGCAUGUUAUCUAGCCCCUUGAAGCUAAAUGCAGAUGGAGCACCAAUUUUCGAGAAUGAAACUUAAAAUUAAUGCAAUGCCAUUUAGCUAAGAAAACAAAAUUGCAACUGAUAUGUUUCUGUACCAGAGGUAUCCUGACUCAUUGUGCAUUUGUCAGCGGGGAAGAAGAAUGUUUAUUUUCAAGGAUAUGGUGCUACGAGUGCGAAACGUGGUCUGACUACCGAUGCAAAGAUCCUUUCAAUGGUACGGCUCAUCCUCAAGAGCUUCCCCCUCUCAAGCGAUGCGAAGGUUGCUGCGUCAAAAUUGUCAUGAAUCAAGGAAUGCCCACCGAAAGCGUACGACGAACAUGUACUUCCAAUCUCCAGAUCAACCUAUUCCUGGUGGAUCACGUUUGUAUGCUAGAAUCGGAAGGAAAAGGUCACAUGUGCUUCUGUGAAAGUGAUGCCUGCAACUCAACAUCUCCAGUUCACAUUUCGUUGCAGCAACUUUUUGGUGCCUUUUUAAUUCUCCAUCUAUAUGCAGCCGUUAAGUCUUAGGCUUCACCCUUUUCCUCGCUUAUGUGUUGUUGUAACGAAAUAUUUGAAGCCCGUCUCAAAUCGCCAAGACAUAUAGCGGUUUAAAAAAAAAAGUGCAAAGCAGUAUCCUUUACUAAUUCAUAUUUACCAUGGGCAAAUUUGUUUAAUUUUGUAGUCAUAUACCACUAUCUUUUGGAGAUUUUACACUGAAUUAGAUUUAUUUCGAAAGGAAACGAUUACGGCUUCAAAGUAUAUGAUCAAAUUUUUAGAUGUGAAAAACAAAAUCUGUAGAAAAUAUUUUUUAAAACCUUGAGAGCAAAGAGGUAUUUUAAGUCUCCUUUGUCUCCCUUCCAUGCGCAUAGUGAGAACGGAAAAUGUGAUUGACUUUACGAAAGAGCAUUAUAACGAAAAAAAUGCUCGAUUACAGACAGUCCAGUUAUGUUAGCUGACUUUGAUUAUUGCAAGGGAAUGCUACACAUACGAAGAAAUAAUAGGGUUUUUAAUUCUUUGGAAGUGCUUGAAAUAUCCAAAUAAAUGUCGACCGGUAAUUUUCAGUGAGAAAAAAAAGAACUUUUUUCCCCGUUGUUGUUGACGUUUUAAAUAAGUAAGAGAAAAACAUUUUCAUAGAAAAGUAAGUACAUAACUUACUGAACUUUCACUCCUUUGUUACAUGAAAUUGAUACCGAUUUAUGGUUUAGACAUUGGACUUAUAAUAUCAUAUUUCAUUAAUUUGGAUUAGAGACUUGCAGAUUUAUAACUAAUGGAUUUAUGGCUAAUGAACUUAAUUUUUCCAUUUUGUAAAAAUCCUUAAAAAAUACAGUUAUCGAGGAUC